AUGGCUGGCGUUCAGCAUCUUUUGGAGAACGGGUCCGGUGAAUGUGAUGGGAAAACUAAGUUCUGUAAGAACAACUGUUAUCAAUGCACAUUAUUCUGUUCAUGUGCUUGUGCUCCGCACAUUCCAGGCAUUGUCGCGUUCUCCAUCAUGCUUACAGUUUUCAUAGUGCUCUUACUCAUCACAUGGUACAGCAACUGGUAUCAGAAACCGAUCGAGAAUGUGCGUAACUACUUCAGAGAGUAUCGCAAUACAUUCAACGCCGAGCCUUUAAUCAAAAAUAAUUCAUCGUAG